CUGGCAGUGAAACAACAACAAAAAAGGGCACCCAUUCACCGUGCAAGGGGGGCCGGAAUGUAGGGAGGGCACUGCCGCACGAGGAGGGCGAGGGGUAAUCUCCGAACCGGUGGACACGUUAAUUUAUUUCAUAUUAUUUUGUCCUCGGAAAGAGCCACGAAAACAAGUCAAACAUGAGCGGGCCAAUCGUAUGCAAUGGCCACUCAGCUGUCUUAAGCUGCAACAGGCCCUUAUCACCAGCUCGUGAUGACAUCAAGCGGACACAGGAGGGACAGUGCUCUCCGGUGUUCUUCCAGCAAAUUGAUGGCCAGAGGCAGGGCGAGGGCAGGAGAACAAACUCCAUCUGCAUGACGCCAAAAGACUCAAAGGCCGAUUUCCCAGAGAUGGAGAGUAGCUACAGCCAGACCUGCCUUCGGUCCCCUGCCGAACACCCCCUGCCUCUGGGGAACAGCUUGUCUCACGCUCCCCUCCACGUUGCCAACAACAACAACAACAGCAGCAGCGUCGCCCUCCACGGCCUCCAGCUACGAGGCUCGCGCCUCAAGGUCAAGGGAAAGAAAUGCACGCUAAGAAGUGCAGGCGGGAAAAACUCCCAAAACCGAAAGGUUACCGACUACUAUCCAAUAAGGCGAAGCUCAAGAAAGAGUAAAACAGAGCUCAAGUGUGAAGAAAAGAAGCUCAUCGACGAUCUCAUCACAAAGGGAAUAGAAGAAGGAUUGGAGGUGCAGGAUAUAGAAGGAAAGGGGAGAGGGGUGUUUUCCACGCGGUGUUUUCAGAAAGGCGAGUACGUGGUCGAGUACCACGGAGACCUGCUGGAGAUCACCGAUGCCAAAUCGAGGGAGGCCGAAUACGCUCAAGACCCGCUAACUGGCUGCUACAUGUACUACUUCCAGUACCUCAGCAAGACAUACUGUGUGGACGCCACGAGAGAGACCGGUCGCAAGGGCAGGCUGAUCAAUCACAGCAAAACCGGGAACUGCCAAACUAAACUGCACGACAUCAACGGGGACCCUCACCUCAUCCUCGUUGCCUCUCGCGACGUCGACGAGGGCGAGGAGUUGCUCUACGACUACGGAGACCGCAGUAAGGCCUCCAUCGCAGCUCACCCGUGGCUCAAAUCCUGAAGAAAAAAAACGACAAAAAAGGGAAACUCCCUCAGUAACACCUGUGUUUGUCAUUCGCUAGUGUACAAAAUGCCUUAGGAACAGAGUGUGUACCCUUUUUGUUCCAAUAUUGAGGUGGGAUGGGGUGUCGACGGGUCACGUAUCGCAUCUCGAUUUAAUGUCCGUCUGCUUUUGUCGGAUGACAUCUGUACUUUUUGUUUAUGUGUAUAUGAAACAUUCUGGUUGUUUUGCAGCACAUUUCUUUUGUACAUUUUGUAUUAUCUAUAGUCUAAUGCUUCUACAGCAUGCAGGUGGUAGUUAAUGCUCUGCGUUUUUAUACUGCGAUUUUUUUCUUAAUUAGACGUUAGAUACUUAGCAAUACGUACACGUCCCCGGAGCCCGUUUUCUUUAUCUUUUCUUCUUUUUUUUGGAAAUCUGCAAGAACUAUGAGAUGCAAAUUAUUAAUAUAUUCGGUUCACGUGGAAUUUGAUUUCAGCCAAACAAUCUACCAUUGUUUAGUGGAGGUGUGAUAGUUUACCAAAGGCAUGGUACAGUUGCAUUUUUUUGUGGUGAAAACAAGUAUUCGUGUUGAACAUACCGACUCAAAUUCAUAUUUCUUUUUUAAUGCUUUCUUUUUUUUAAACCUAUAAUGUAUUUUUUAAUAUUGAAGACGAUAUCUACAGUAUAUUCUGUAUGUGUAUGACUGUUUAUUAGGUAAACAUCUAAUAAUAUAAAUAGAUUUCGACUGGUCAGCGUUCACAGCUUUCAAAUCUCCUUUAUUUAAUGUCACAUUAAAUUCACAACAUAUAUAACUGCACUAUGUACUGUAAAUAUAUUUAUUCGCGGUUUGGUGGAUCUGGUUUAAAGUAAUAGGGUUUUUUUGGACAUGUCUUUAAAUAUCUGCCAAAUCGCCUAAAAGGUAGCCCAGUUUUUUUGACAGUCGACACUUUAGCCUAAUUUUAGUGUAACAUACUCACAACUGGAUCCAAAACAAAGUCUGAAGGAGCCAAAAUGAUCAUGAGCCGCCUUAAACUCUUCCUAAUAAGAUAGAAAGUAGCUGUCAUGUUUCAAACAGCCCAGUCUCGCAGAUUUUGUUCUCUUUGGUAGCCCCCCCCCUCCCGGUCUUUAUGCUAAGCUAACUGUCAAAGAUGUCAAACUCUUCCUUUUAACAUCCAAACUAAAACAAAAUUGUUUUGCUUCAGGUGAACCGUGUCUUUGGUGAACUGUUACACUCCGACUGUGUAUAUCUUUGCAGGUCUUCUACACGUGUGUGUGUGUCCCCUCACAGAAUAUUGUUCCAUGUGAAAGCAUUCUAACAGCUGAACUGCCAACGGGUCUUUUUAUUUAUUUAAUAUAUUACUAGUUUCUUCUUCUUUAAAUGUGUUUUCCAUCAAUUGUAGCUCAAAGAAAUAUACCCCAAAAUUGUAACAUUAACAUUGAUUUUUAUUUCAUGUGUCCUCACCUAGAAAUACAUUGUGAGACUAAUUUAUUUUAUUUUAGCUAAUUGGAAUUAAGUACUUUAACUAUUUCUUUACGAACAUUUCCAUUUUAUGAAUCAUUUGAAAAACAGAAUCAAAUUUAUAGUAUUUAAUCUUGAAUUAUUGCACUACUUUGAUCAAAUUAGUAUAUAAAGAUAAAUUGGCCACAGCAGUGCAAGUUACAUUUGAAUAAAAUGGAAGUGUUUAAAUCAGACUAUAUAAUACGUUUUUUAUUUUUUAUUACCGUUAAUAAAUCCAAUGAAUCCAAAACCAACAUGUGACAGACUUAGAAAAACACACAUAAUUCCUGUUAGAUACUUUACUGAUGGUUGUGUUUUCUUUCAUGUGAUUUAAUAAUGGUGCUAAAUAUAUGUAAAUACAUUAACAUGACAGGCCAAAAUGCAUUUCAAAUCAUAUUCAUAUACAUUAUUCAACAUUCAUUGUUUGAAUUCUGUACAAGAAUUUGUCAAGAGUAGACUUUUAUGAAUAAAGUAGAAACCUAUCUAGCGUUACAACACAUGUAUUUUUAUCGUGUUGUACAGCACCGUCUCCUCUUUUAGGUGCUGUUUGUAUUAAUGCAAGAAUUAUCUUUCAUUAUUAUUUUUUAAGGAUUCAUUUCUAGUUCUUUAGGCAAUGCAUCAUCUCUGUAGCUGUUUAGGUGUUACAGAUGUAAACAAAAUAAUGAAAAAUACUUCUUAAAAGUUUCCAAAAUAUGUAUAUUAUUGAAUAUCAGGAUUAUUUUUUAAUUCCCUAUCUUAAUGGUUUUAAAAUAUCGUAAAUAAUCAGUGUUGAUACGAAGAGCGGUUGCAUUAUGUGUUAUGGAUAAAACACACUUCAGGAAACACAUUUACAUUUUGACUUCUCAACACUUCCCAGUAGCAUUGUGUGAAAUCAUUUUAUUCUCAAACAAACAUGUUAUUUUUUCUUUUUAACUGUAUAAUUUAUGGAAUAAUACCAGAAGAGGCUAAACUGACCUGUUGGCCAUUUUUAGGGCAUAAUAGAUUUCUGCUGUUGUAGCGUUGAAUACAUCUUAAUGCUGGGGUUCAAGGCAUCAAUGAAUAAAGAUGUAAUAUGCAAGGAAACGGGAGUCGGCAUCUGAUUUGUUCGUGUUAAAAUAAAUGAUUACAACUGUUGAA